CGAAAACAUCGGCAAGGUGCCAUCGAGGAGGUCGACUGCUCAUGUCUGGGAGCGGUCCGUCCAAUAUUAUCUUCCCCCUUCCCGUGUGAGUGCGUGACACACGUACGUACGUUACAGAGAGUGAGUAAACGCGGGCAGACAACCUACGGAGUGUCGUCGGAAUGAGGCUGAUAUGAGUUUUAUUCAAGUCAGGCAGCAGUCGCAGUCGCCAAUGGGAACGCAGGGAGAAAGCGGAGCUGCCUCCGCGGAGAGCUUUUACCCGAGCGAUGAAGACACCGAGACGUGGAUGGCCAACGCGUUUGACAUGGCCCGAGGUGCCCUGGAGAAUGGAGAGGUGCCCGUCGGAUGCCUGAUGGUCCACAACAACCAAGUCGUGGGCAGGGGACGGAACGAAGUCAACGAGGCCAAAAAUGCCACUCGCCACGCUGAGAUGGUGGCUCUGGACCAGCUCCUGGACUGGUGUCGCCGUAGCAACCUGGAUGCGAGGAGCGUGUGCGAGCGAACCGCCCUGUACGUCACCGUGGAGCCGUGCAUCAUGUGUGCUGCUGCCCUACGCCUGCUCAAUAUCCCGGUGGUCGUGUACGGCUGCAGGAACGAGCGGUUCGGAGGCUGCGGUUCGGUUCUGGACGUUUCCUCGGCGAACUUACCUCAGACUGGGACCACAUUCAAGUGUGUUUCAGGUCACAGAGCCGAAGAAGCUGUAGAGAUGCUGAAGACUUUCUACAAACAGGAGAAUCCAAAUGCCCCAAAACCCAGAACCAGGAAGGACUGAGAUUUUCCAGACGUUUGAGUUUAACUGCCUUUCGGUCAGUCUGCCUGCAGGGGGAGCAGCAGGUCAACUAACUACCCUUCGCCACACCGAAACACUCACACAGGAGAAGCGAAACUCAGUGUCUCCAAAACAUCAGCUUAUCGGGAACUGAAACACUGCAAAACUUUCAUCCACUCACAGACGAGCGUGUGAUCCUGCAAUUGGAGCAAAAAUCUGAAGAUGAUCAACUUGGAUCACUGGUUCACUGGAUGUAGUGUGGGUGAAUUUGAGUAGGUUUCCUUUAUCAGUCAUAUUGCAGGUUAUGUUUGUUCUUCAGCUGUAAAUUAAAGCG